AUGGUUCGCGCUAGCAAUGGUGAAGAAUUCGCCGAAGAACUCUUCUCAACAACCUCGAACGGCAAAAACCUACCCGCAUGCCUACCCAACUAUCGCUGGGUCUUUCCAACUUCAUGCGACCGAUACAGUACUACAUUCCAAGAGGACAUUUGCUCUUGGUUUGACGCCUACUCCUUAGGCGAUAUCAACGAGAGACAGGGGUUACAGAAAGAAGGAUUGACACAGUCAGAAGCGAAUCUACUUAAGCGGCGACUUUCUCAUGUCUACCUCGGUGGGGUCAGCCAGGGAAUGGCAACCGCUUUGUUGACUUUCUUUGCGGCAGUCGGUACAGGAAGGAUACAACGUCCACUGGGUGGCCUGCUAGCUCUUUGUGGUUGGCUACCAUUUGCACAAGAUAUCGAAGGGAUGCUAUGCGAGCCAAUCUUCGACAGGCCCUGCACUCCUCAGGCACUGCGCCUUGUGUCUAGAUUCUUCUUUGACGAAAUCUCCGCCCAAGGGUUAUCACAGGCCGAUCAAACGGUUGACAGCUCUGUUCUUUCCACUCCGGUCUUUUUAAGUCAUGGAACGGACGAUGCCUGGGUAUCAGUCGAUCUUGGACGACAGACAUCUCGGAUUAUACGGCGGGUUAUGACGCACGUUGAUUGUCACCAGUUCACUGGAGCGGAGAAUGAUGGACACUGGAUCAAAGAACCUGAAGGUUUUGACCAGAUUCUGCAAUUCCUUCAAAAAUGA